ACGUACACUGCACAGUUUGUGUGUGAGAUCCUGUGAUGAUGUUCACCGUCCGUGUGGAAGAAAUCUCCAGCAGCCCUCAUCUUCAUUGACGGGUAUCUCUUUUCCAAUGGCAUGUCAUCACUGUUGGCUUGAGUCGUCGUGUCGCGGGUUGUUCGGAGCGGAUACCGGGAUCCCGGAUCCAGCACAGGGCCGGUGAUGGUCGCGUUUGAAGCCGGAGAGAGCAACAGAGGAGCGGCUGAGAUUUCUGCGCUCCGUCGCUGAUUCCCCAUGUGCCAGCUCAUCAGAGCACACGACACGUGGCCGUAAGAUAAUCAGCUUCAGUGUGUGUGGAUAAACAUCCUCCAGAUGAGCAGCAGAAGAUGGUAUCAGCUGAACAACUAGACAUGGAGGUGAUGACUCCUCUGAUGGAGGAAGCAGAAGGUGAGGAAGAGGAUGUAGACGUCGAUGAAGAUUCAGAGCAUCUGCCGCGAGGAAUCACGUUUACUCAAACCCUGCUGCAUCUGUUAAAGGGGAACAUCGGCACAGGGUUGCUUGGGCUUCCUCUGGCAGUGAAGAAUGCUGGGAUAGUGCUCGGUCCGGUUAGUCUGGUACUGAUGGGUGUGGUGUGUCUUCACUGCAUGCAGAUCCUGGUCAACUGCAGCCAUCAGCUCAGUGAGCGGUUGAAGCGUUCCCCCCUCGGUUACAGCGAAACUGUCGCCGUUGCCAUGGAGACCAGUUCCUCCCAGUGCCUCAGGAAAGGUGCUCAGUUUGGGAGGCACCUGGUGAAUUUCUUCCUGGUUUUGACCCAGCUGGGCUUCUGUAGCGUUUAUUUUGUGUUCCUGGCCGAGAACAUUAAACAGGUGAUGGAAGGAGCUCGUCCGAACACUUCCGCGGAGACCGUGCCGUUAUACUCCAAUAGCUCAGAGGAGGGCCCCGUCUCCCCAGACACUCCUCCUGCCACGGGGCUGGAUCUGCGGCUCUACAUGGUCUUCCUCCUUCCCUUCAUCAUCGUGCUGACCUUCAUCAGGGACCUGCGGAACAUGGCCGUGCUCUCCGCCAUCGCCAACCUCUGUAUGGCCAUCAGCCUCAUCCUGAUCUACACAUAUGUACUCCACGAUGUGAGCGACCCCAGAAGCCUGCCGUAUGCCUCCACAUGGCGGAAGUUUCCCUUCUUCUUUGGAACAGCCAUAUUUGCUUUCGAGGGAAUUGGAGUGGUUCUUCCGUUAGAGAAUCAAAUGAGCGAACCGAAACGAUUCCCUCAAGCCCUCAACAUUGGCAUGGGCGUCAUCAUCGUGCUUUAUGUGACCCUGGCGACGCUGGGCUACCUCUGCUUCAGAGACGACAUCAAAGGAAGCAUCACACUCAACCUCCCGCAUGAUUCCUGGUCCAAUCAGCUGGUGAAGGUCUUGUACUCGCUCGGCGUGUUUGUGAGUUUUGCAGUUCAGUUUUUCGUGCCGGCAGAGAUUCUGGUUCCGCCUGUGUGUGAGCGGAUCAGAAAGAGCUGGAGACGGGCGGCUGAUCUCAGCCUUAGAGCGGUGCUCGUCUGCCUCACCUGUGUGACCGCUGUUAUGAUACCGCGGUUAGACCUGGUGAUCUCAUUGGUCGGCGCGGUGAGCAGCUCAGCGUUGGCGCUCAUCUUUCCUCCGCUGGUGGAGCUCAUGGCGUUUCCCAGUCAACCCCCUCCUCCUCUCCUCCUCCUCAAAGAUCUCUCCAUCGCCACCCUCGGCUUCAUCGGCUUCCUGGCUGGAACCUACGUGACGAUGGAGGAGAUUAUUUAUCCCGACGACCAAGGACAGACCCAUCUCCGUGACCAUGGGAACUGGACCACACCCACUACCUCACCGCCCUGAGGACCACGCCCACAAAUGAAGGACCAAUCAAUGAAGGCACAGUUCCACUGUUAACACUGUGACGGCACAGACACUUCAUAGUGGCUUUG